GCCAGACUGCCUUCAAAAUAUUACCAUUUUAAAUGUUUUUUCGCUGUGUGUAAGCAUUUCAUCUUCGCACGAUUUAAUCCAUCGUCUUGUUCCUCCCAACAAAGUGUUCGGCUCCAUUCGGCGUGUGUGAUUCUCUUCAGCGUCUUUGAAAAGGCUGGCUGUCAAAAGUCCCACGCUGAUGUGACAAGUGAACGUCUCGCCGGUGGAGGUUGUUGAGCCGUUUGACUCCGCCCUCUUUUGUCCUUCCCCGGCCAUGAAUCCUGGCACAGACCGUGUUGACCCCCAGCCCUGCACUCCCCCUCCACCGCCCCCCGCCGUGUCCGUCUUGUCACCAGACGUGCGCCCGUGCCCCCUCCCGCAUGGCGAGGAGGCGGAGCUGGAGCUGGAGUGCUCUGUGUGCUACAGCCAGUUCAACAACGUGUUCCGCUGCCCCAAAGUGCUGACGUGCCGCCACACCUUCUGCCUGGAGUGUCUGGCCCGCAUCAACGUCAAGUCCCUGCAGCCCGCCGCCAUCCGCUGCCCGCUGUGUCGCCACCCCACGCCGCUGCCCGCCCUCGGCCUGCCCAGGCUGACCACCGACGCGGGCGUGUUGGCGUCGCUGCCGGCCGCCAUGCAGCGUGUUUACAGCAUCCGCUUCCAGCGCAGCAAGGGCAAGCUGCAGGUCAAAAGGUUGUCUGACGGUCAGCCGUGUUGGGGUGAGAGGUCGCUGGCUGCCAACCGCUCCCUGGACGUGGGCCUUCCCAGCCCGCUGGUGAGGGGCGGCGGUGGCGAGGAGGCGGUGGGCGGGGCUUUCUUCAGGCUGAUGGGCCGGCCAGUGUGCCGCGCCCUGCUGCUGACGCUGGUGCUGAUGAUGACGGUGGUGCUGACGGCCGUGGUCGUCUUCUACCUCACGCGCGCCCUCUAGCUCCGCCCACGCUCAACAAAACAGGGAAGUGUGUCAAAUGUAAAAAUUGUGUUUUAGAAAACAUUUUAAAUAUUUUAAUAUUUGUACAAAAUAAAUGGUUUUUUUUGUUUAAAAAGUGCGUCCUUGUAACAUCCAGCAGGUGGCACUGCGCUGCCAACUAACACAUUACGUCAUAACCAGGUGUGUCCACGGGGGGGCAGAGCCUGACCCAACAUGGCCCCCUGUG